UAACCGACCGCGACUCCGACCGGGUACACAACAACCACGAUCGCUUCGCAUGAUAAGAAUAAGGAUAAUAAUAUCAUAAUACUAGUAAAACCAAAGGAAAGGGGGAGGGAAAGGAGAAGGAGAAGAAGAAGAAGAAGAAGAGAAGAAAAUGGACCAAGCCGACAUCCCCGCGCUCCUCGCGCGCCUCGCGUCCGACGAGGACGCCGCCCGCAAGAUGGCCGUGUUCAAGCUGCAGUCGUCCAUCAACGAUCCGGCCUUUGCCGACGUCUUCAUCUCGUCGGGCGGCCUCGCCAUCCUGCGCCGCCUCAUCAUGGUCACCGGCGGCAACACGCUCGCCUACUCGCUCCAGAGCCUCACCCGCCUGCUCGAGGUCGACAUGGGCUGGGACAUCUUCGAGGGCCCCGGGGCCGGGGAGCUGGUCGAGAGGAUCGUGGAGCUGAUCGUCAAGAACCCGCUGGUCAACAUCCUGAGGGGCGCCAUGUCCAUCCUGGUCGCCCUGGUCGGCAGGUCGCAGUCUUCUUCUACCUCUUCGGCAUCGCCGCCACCACCACCGCCGCCAGCCGGGGCGCCGGGAGGGGAAAACGGAAACGGCGCGGGCCGCCCGCCGCCUCCCCGCGCGCCGCCCCCCGGCACGUUCGGUUUCCGCGCGCUCAAGCCCGCCGUGGCCGUGUACCCGCAUUUCUUCGAGCUCGUCAUCCAGCAGCUGCAGAGCGCCGACCACGCGCUGUGCGCCAACGCCCUGAUGCUCAUCAACGCGCUCAUCCGCGACGCCGUCUCGGGCGACGGCAGCAGCAACAACGGCACGGGCGAGGAGUGGAGCAAGUUCAUCAAGCGCCUGCAGGACCUCGGCCUGAUCCGCGCCGUCUACAACCUGCUGCAGAGCUCGGCCCUGCAGGACCUGGCGCUCCCGCUGCUCGAGUUCCAGUCGCUGACCAAGGUCCUGCUGCGGAAGUGGAGGGAGGUGAGGGUCGACCUGGAGCGGCCGGAGCACAGGAGGGCGCUGAAGGGCUUGCACCUCGCGAGCGCCCCCGACAGGCGGCACGUGAACGGCGUCGCCGCCGGCCUCGCCGCCGAGGAAGGGGACGCGUCCAGGAAGGGCAGCAGGAAGCACAACCCGGAGAAGUGGCGGCGGCUGGGCUUCGAGACCGAGUCUCCCGCCGCCGAGUUCGAGACGGCCGGCUUCCUCGGCAUGAUGGACCUGACCGACUACGUGCGCAAGAACGAGGACGGCUUCCAGAAGCUGCUGCUGGAGCAGUCGACGAGGCCGCUGAGCGAGCGCUGCCCCGUGGCCAAGGCCAGCCUGGCCGUCACCAUGAUCCUCUACGACCAUUUCGAGGUGGACAAGUCCGACAACGAGGACAUCAGGGUCUACCUGACCCUGGGCGACGCGAAGUCCCACGACAAGCUGUUCCGCCCCCUGCUGCUGCAGUGGUCGCGCCUGCACACCGCCGGUCUGCACGCCUUCUUCCGGCUGUGGAAGUCCACCGGGGCGCGGCGGGACGAUUUCGACAAGGUGGCCGAGCUGGUGCGCGUCCUCGUCGAGCAGGUGGUGGGCCAGGCGAGCAGGACAAAGGACGUGCUCGAGGUGGAGGACGAGCUGCACGAGUACGACGCCGGGCGGCUCCGGGAGAUCCAGAUGGAACUGCUGGAGCUGUCCUUCGACGACCAGUGGGGGCCGCACCUCGUCCAGGUGCGCGAGGAGCUCAAGCACGAGGCCCUGCAGUUCGUCAAGGAGCAGCGCAUCAGGUGCCUGCUGCAGGGCAGCUGGUUCACCAAGCCCAUGCCGCACGUGCGCCAGGAGAGCCAGACCAAGCGGCCGCUCUACCAGCCGUGGCGCUUCGCCAAGCUCUCCCACAACCGCCGCUACCUCCACUACGCCGACUUCCCCGAGAAGCUGCCCUACGACCCGGGGCUCGACGCCCUCACCGAGAAGAUCGACCUCGGCACCAUCAGCUCCGUCGUCUCCAACGUGUCGGCGAACCCGGAGGCCGACUGCGCCGGCUCCGCGGCGGCUACCGAGGCAGACGGCGACAACCAAAGCCACAACUCCAGCACGACCACCUUCCGCCACCACCACGCCGCCGCCAGACCGACCACCAAGAUCACCAUCUACUCCUUCGUCGAGGACAUCAUGGCCCCGCCGUCCAGCAACACGCCGCACUCGCUCGACAACAACACGACAGCGACGAGCACCCCCGCCCCGAACCGCAACAGCAACAGCAACAGCACCGGCACCGGCACCGGCGAACCCAGAGAGCAGCCCGUCCUGACGCUGUACCCGCCCAACCACAGCCUGGCGUCCGAGUGGCUGGACGGCCUGCUCAUGCUGCUGAACCAGGCGCCCAUCACGGCCGAGACCAACAAGCUGGUGACGCUCAUCAGCGAGUACGGGCUCAAGAUCCGGCUGCUCAACGUCCGGCUGGAGCACAUGUACGCCGGCCCUCCUCCGCAGGGCAGCGGCGUGGGCGUGGUCCCGAGCCGGGAAGGGCUGGACGAGGAUUACUAUUACGACAUCUGAAAAGAAGCUCCUUCCUCCUUCUUUUCUUUUCUCCUUUCCAUUUCCCUUUUUUUGUGUCCUUUGCUUUUGGCAUGGGAGGAGGUUUGGUCCGCCGACGCAUUUGUCUUUUUUUUUUUUUUUUCUGCCGAAGCGCGAAUGAGUCCGGGUUCCUCUUUGUUCUUUUCUUACCUUUCACCAGUCUAGCGAUGCAUUCCUCUCUUUUUGUUUCUUGUUAAGCGUUCCCUCGGUCUCGGAUACCCCAUGUCCAUCCUCACUAUACUAUAUA